UCCAAAGAGCCAAGACUCGUAUGACGACUUGUCAUGUCUGCAGCCUGGUCUCCGUUCAACAAAUUCAACAAUUAUAAACAGCCAAUUGUCUCUCAAUAAUUAGGUGAUAAAGUAACUGGUACGGAUCUCUCUCUUGCUUCACCAGAAGCAUUGAACCAAAUUGUUACACCAGCAGCAGCACAGCCUCCAGCCGCCAGCAGCAGCACAGUCAACUGGGAAACAGCUAAGAAGCUUGUGAGUGGUUAGCUUCACUCAAUCUUCCAGAAACCCUGCCAUGCCUUCCUGAUUCCUCCUCAAAGAUAUGGAAUUGAUUCACGCGCUCCUUGAUCACCACCAUGCAUUUCAUUGCAUCCAUCACUAGCAAGAAUGGUGUUGUUGAAAAUGGAGUUGGUCCUUGCAGUUUUGGUGUUGGCUUGCUUACAGUCUUUUGUACUGCCUGAUUCACAAGGAGAUGCACUGUUUUCAUUAAGGACUUCUUUGAAUAGUUCACCCAAUCAGCUCAAGGACUGGAACCCGAACCAAGUCAAUCCAUGCACUUGGUCCAAUGUGAAUUGCGACCCUAACUAUAAUGUCAUUUCUGUAAUAUUGUCAAAUAUUGGAUUUUCUGGCAUCUUGUCUCCUAAAUUAGGAGCCCUGAAAAAUCUUCAAACACUUUCAUUACAAGGAAAUGGCAUAACUGGCGAAAUACCAAAAGAGUUUGGAAAUCUGACAAGUUUGUCCACCUUGAAUUUAGAAAACAAUAAUUUAACUGGUGAAAUACCAGCCUCACUUGGCAAUCUGAAAAGUCUUCAAUUCUUGACUUUGAAUAACAAUAAUCUGAGUGGUACUAUCCCAGAGUCACUUUCAAGUCUUUCAAACUUGAUUAGUCUUCAGCUUGUCUCCAAUGCUCUCACUGGAAAAAUACCUGAGCAGUUGUUUAGUGUCCCAAAAUACAAUUUUACAGGAAACCACCUAGACUGUGGUGUGAAUCUCCCUCACCAUUGUGCACCUGAUACUGCUGGUUCAGGCGCUAAAAGUAAGCCGAAGCUUGGAAUCAUAGUUGGAGUUGUUGGGGGGCUUAUCAUUUUAUUAUUACUUGGAGGUUUACUGUACUUCACCUGCAAGCGUAGACACAAAGGCUCCAAGCGUGAAGUUUUUGUGGAUGUUGCAGGUGAAGUUGACCGAAGGAUUGCAUUUGGCCAGUUAAAAAGAUUUUUGUGGAGGGAAUUGCAGCUAGCAACAGACAACUUCAGUGAGAAAAAUGUUCUAGGACAGGGAGGUUUUGGAAAAGUCUAUAAAGGAGUGCUAUCUGAUAACACAAAAGUUGCUGUUAAGCGUCUCACUGAUUGUGAAAGUCCUGGGGGGGAUGCAGCCUUCCAGCGUGAAGUUGAAAUGAUAAGUGUAGCUGUUCACAGGAAUCUAUUAAAACUGAUUGGAUUUUGCACGACUCCAACAGAACGCCUUCUAGUGUAUCCCUUUAUGCAGAAUUUAAGUGUUGCCUAUCGGUUACGAGAGAUUAAACCUGGUGAGCCUGUUUUAGAUUGGCCUACAAGAAAGCAGGUGGCAUUAGGCACAGCCCGUGGGCUAGAGUACCUACAUGAACAUUGUAACCCUAAGAUUAUUCAUCGAGAUGUUAAGGCUGCUAAUGUAUUACUUGAUGAAGAUUUUGAAGCAGUUGUUGGUGACUUUGGCUUGGCAAAGUUGGUGGAUGUUAGAAAGACUAAUGUGACAACUCAAGUUCGUGGCACAAUGGGUCACAUAGCUCCUGAAUAUUUGUCCACUGGGAAGUCAUCAGAAAGGACAGAUGUGUUUGGCUAUGGGAUUAUGCUUUUGGAACUUGUAACAGGACAACGGGCAAUUGAUUUUUCACGCUUGGAAGAAGAAGAUGAUGUUUUGUUGCUUGACCAUGUCAAAAAGCUGGAAAGGGAAAAGAGACUGGAUGCUAUUGUAGACAGCAAUUUGAAUGAUAGUUUCAACAUCCAAGAGGUAGAAAUGAUGAUCAAAGUUGCACUUCUUUGUACUCAAGGAUCCCCUGAAGACCGCCCAUUAAUGUCGGAGGUGGUACGGAUGCUCGAAGGGGAGGGUCUGGCUGAGCGCUGGGAAGAAUGGCAGAAUGUAGAAGUUACUCGCAGGCAAGAGUAUGAAAGACUACAAAGGAGAUUUGACUGGGGAGAAGAUUCUGUUUAUAAUCAGGAUGCUAUUGAAUUAUCCGGUGGACGUUGAGAUGCUCAACUUCAUCAACGAAGGUCUUGUGCAACCAUGAGAAGUUUGAGGUUGCAUGAAAGGAAGUGUUGCUCAUGGUUCCAAUUUUUCCUUCACAUGUGGUUCUUCUACCAUCAUCUCUUUCUUCUCAUUCAUUUGACUAGCGUUUGAGAUUUUAUACGGGUACCGACGUCUUUACUCUCGGAAGUCUGGUUGAAUGAUGUUGAUAUGUGGUAUCAACCCCUUUGUGCAAAGCGGUUCACAGGUUUCAUGUACAGAGAGUUUAAAUUGUUAAAUCUGUGACCUCAACCACUCUCGCUCUCUCUCAUUACUACAAUUUAAUCGAAGAAAUAUAAAGUUUGGUUAAUAUGCAAUUAUAAUCUUGCCCAAAUGUGGCAAAAGACACAAGAUUUGAUUUAGUUCCAGGAGGAGCUUUUUCAACUGGCAAGUGUUGAAUGGAUUUACAUGUGAACACUGUGAUGUAGUUUAAUUA